GAGAGAAGAAAGGCACGUGAGCAAUCGUCGGCUACCAGACGUUGGUAUAAAAGAGGCUGCGCGUCUGGUCCGUGGCAUCAAACACCUCGAACAUGAAGGUGCUUGGACUUUUCGUACUUCUGGCGUGCCUCGCGAACGCUUAUGCUGGGGUUUGGUCCAGCGGGGGUGGAGGCGGAUGGUCCUCCGGCGGUGGAGGCUGGAGCGGUGGAGGCGGCGGAGGAAAAAUCAUCAAAGUGAUAACCGUCAGCGGCGGUGGAGGAGGAUGGCCGAGCAGCGGAUGGUCCAGCGGCGGAGGCGGUGGAGGAUGGCCCAGCAGUGGAUGGUCCAGUGGCGGAGGCAGCGGCGGAUGGCCGAGCGGUGGUGGCGGGUGGUCGAGCGGCGGUAGCGCGUGGCCGAGCAGCGGAUGGAAAUCGAGCGGCGGAGGAGGAUGGAAGUCCGGCGGUGGCGGAGGAGGAUGGAAGUCCGGCGGCGGCGGAGGGGGAUGGAACAGCGGAUGGAAAUCCGGCGGCGGAUGGUCCGGCGGCGGCGGCGGCGGUGGCUGGUGGUAAACGCGUACCUGAUUCAUUCGAUACCCGACGGCCAGCGGUAACGCUUUCAACGAUACGAAAUCAGCCCGGUUAGAACCCGAACGAAAAUUGUAAAAAAAUGUACAUAAAAAGACACGAUCGAGGGGCCUGUAUUCUACACACUUGGAAAUGAAAGACUCCUGAGCACUGCGAAUCAAUUUGGACUGUGAUCUCGAAAUUAUUCCGUCAUCCCCCGAGGCACUCCAUCAAAUUCUUCCCCAAUGUGAUUUAACUCGAGAUCGAUCUGGUCCACACCGAGAAAAACUCAAUAGUUUAGUUUUUAUAUAAAGACGUGCGACGUGGAACGUUGAAACCCGGCGCGCUCAGCGUCCGGUAUGCCUGCACCGGAGACGUCCUACGACUGGAGAGCACACCCUUUCUUUACUCUGGAAAAAGCACUAUCGAGAGCCAAGUCAAAGCCGGUGGCUCAACGGACAUGUCGAGACCGAGAGAAACGGAGCGGGCAGGAAACGAGCCGCGGAAACACGUCCAUUCGGCGUUCAAACCCUUCAAGCCCUCCCUCAAUCUCUGCAUCACCUUGCCGACGUGGACCAUGACAAACACCACGAGCACCGUUACACCGAGCCGCCCGAGCCAGCCCCGAACCCCCCUUUCGCUAUCUUCGUUGCAUUGUAGCCACUAAAGUUUCAGUGAAAGCGCGCACGAGUGCACAACGCUAAAUCCAACGCUCUCGGAUUUUACUUGGGAUGUAUAAUGUUAUACAUGAACAUGGCAUUUAUUCGUGUGUGUUUGUCGGUGUUCAUAUAUACAUGCAUUGUACCGAGUAAUUCGAACCAUAAACUAUAGUAUUUUCGA